AGGCGUUUCUUUUACGCCUGCUAUGUUAGGUUAGUUCGCAUAUACUGUAACUGCAUUUCGCUUCUUCAUGUAUUUUCUUGGAUAAACGAGUAUAACGGUUUUAAGAUAUUUACUCAAAACAGUUGAGCGAGAGAUUGGUCAGUUGUCAAGCAACAAUACAAAGAGAGAAACAUCUGUCAAAAGUCUCGCUCUUUUGGUGCUUUCAAGACAACUGGGAACUCGAAAAUAACCUAGAUCAAAUCGACUUCGGUCAUUGGGAAAGUCGAAGCUCUCGAAAGAUGCCCAAGUUUCCGACUUCAAAACGAUUUUUCCCAGUCUGAUCUCGUUUUUUCCUGAGUACAUUGUUGUUUUGAACGCACUGAAGUCAGAGACUCCCAGUUCCCAGUUGUUAUGAAUGCAGCAAUAUGUCUAGCCCACGUCACAGUCAGCUGGUGAAUUCCACUCCAAAUCUCGAGGAGACUUGACUUUCCAACGCGGCAAAAAAAAAAAAACGUAUCUCCACGGAAAUAUUUGCUCCACUGAAUUCUGGAUAGGCUAGUUCACGGGUUGGACUGUGCAACCGGUUUUUGAUUCAGACGCUUGAUUUAUUUUGUUAAUUCGGGAAAUGUACGGAUAAACUAACAAGGAGAGGUUUCGCGUGUUGGACCGAGAGCCGGUCCAGAGACCCAGUGCUUUGCUCAGCCCUGCGGUCAUGUUCGGAACAAGAAAGACCUGGGACCUUGGCCACGCCCCCUGUCUGCAGGAGCUCUGGAAGAAAGACGUCUCAUUGGAUGCGAGCUCGGUGGACUUCUUGAUGAGUGAUGGUGAGGAGGACUGCUCCUUCCUGUCUCUACCCGCAGCCACUUUCCCACAACGCACCGCUCUGACCACUACUGACCAAUUAGAAACCAGCCAGCACAACCACAACCAACAGCUACUCAUACAGAAGGUCACCUGGUCCUGUUCCUGGACAUCUGCCUAUACACUGCAGGAGAAAGUGUGUGAGUUCCAGGCGCGUCUGCGAAGCGAGGAAGCUUCCCGGUGUCUGCAGCUGCAGAGACUGCAGCAGAGUCACCUGCAGAGUCACGAACAGAGUCUGCAGGAGAAGACUAACGUCAUACGCACUCUAAAGGAGGAGCCGCACACAGCACUGCCCAACGGUGUGAGGGCAGUGCAGAGGCUGGCUGAGCCACAGGAGCAGCAGCAGCAGCACAGCAACCGUCUCAUUCAGGAAGGAGAGCAGCUCAUCACAGCGCUGCGCACACAGGUGGGGGAGCUGGAGGAGAAGCUGCUAGACCAGACCCAGGAGGUGGAGAGACUGCGCUCGGAGCUGGGGGCGACCGACCUGGAGAAGCACCUGGAGCUGUUGGUGGUCGAGAACGAGCGGCUGAAGCAGGAGCUGAAGGCAUGCAAGACCUCACUGCUCCAGGAGGCUCCUCCACCGGCCUGCACAGCCACUGACUGCCCCCACAGCCAGGAUGCGGAGGCCCUGCGUGGGGAGGUGUCUCGCUGGGAGAGCCAGGCCAGACCGAGGGAGAGGAGGCUGGCUGAGUUGGAGCAGCAGGUCCUGGAGAAGGCCGGCCGUGUGGAAACGCUCAGCCGACAGCUGGAGGAGUCCAAGUGUCAGCAGGGGGAGGUGGAGCAGCAGCUGAGCGUCCGGCUCAGGGACUGUGAGGAGGAGCUGGCCAGACAGGCCACCCGGCCCCAUCAGGUCAAGUAUGUGACUGAGAUAGUGGAGGUGGAGUCGUCUGAGUCUCAGCAGGCCGUAGCUGAGGCCCAGGCCAAGAGCGCCACCCUGCAGGAGCAGCUAUCACUGCAGAGACAGCUGCUCCGAGAGCUGGAGACACAGCUGCACGAGUCCCAGAGGACCAGCACCCAGCUCCGAGCUCAGCUGCGUGCAGACCGCGGCCGUAUCUGCGGCCUGCUCUCCAAGGCCGUCGGAAGGGGCAAUGGCGAGGUCAUUUGCAGGUUGUCUAAGAUCCUGGUGUACGAGGGGGAGAUGGAGCGAGCCCAGGGCCAGUUGGAGGCUGAAAUGCAGAACCUGGAGGAGGAGAAGAACAGGGUGAUAGAGGAGGCCUUCAUCAGGGCCGAAAGCGAGAUGAAGGCUGUGCAUGAGAACCUGGCAGGUGUGCGUAUGAACCUUUUGACCCUGCAGCCAGCCCUGCGUACUCUCACCUGUGACUACAACUGUCUGAAGAGACAGGUGCAGGACUUCCCCUUAAUGCUGGAGAAGGCCAUCACCGAGGCCAAGCAGGAGAUCUGCCAGGUGAUAGGCGAGGUGAGCAGUGCCAACCAAGAGCUGCUGAGGAAGUACAAGAGAGAGAUGAACCUGAGGAAGAAGUGCCACAACGAGCUGGUGCGCCUCAAAGGUAACAUCAGGGUGUUCUGUCGGGUGCGGCCGGUGUGCCGAGGGGAGCGUGAUUCUGCCGAAAACAUGGUCAGCUUUGACCCAGACGACGACGCCCUUCUCUACCUCUCCAACAAAGGCAAACUGAUGACCUUUGAACUGGACAAGGUGUUCCACCCUCAGGCCACACAGGAAGAGGUGUUCCAGGAGGUCCAGUCCCUGGUGACGUCCUGUAUUGAUGGCUUUAACGUGUGCAUCUUCGCCUACGGACAGACGGGCUCAGGAAAGACCUACACCAUGGAGGGUGUGGCCAAGGACCCGGGCAUUAACCAGAGGGCUCUCAGACUGCUGUUCUCUGAGGUGACUGAGAAAGCACCCGACUGGGACUUCAAGAUCACUGUUAGCAUGGUGGAGAUCUACAACGAGACCCUACGGAACCUUUUGGGGGACAACCAGGGUGAGAAGCUGGACAUCAAGAUGAACCCAGACGGUAGCGGUCAGCUCUAUGUACCGGGCCUCACGGAGUUCACUGUCCAGAGCCCUGAGGACAUCAACAGGGUGUUUGAGCUGGGUCACAUGAACAGGGCCACGGCCUGCACCAAUCUGAACGAACACAGCUCCCGCUCUCACGCCCUCCUCAUCAUCACCGUAGCAGGCUUCAACUCCUCCACCGGGCACCGCACGCAAGGUAAGCUGAACCUGGUUGACCUGGCUGGCUCAGAGCGGAUUGCUAAAUCCGGGGCAGAGGGCAGCCGCCUGCGAGAGGCCCAGUGCAUCAAUAAGUCCCUGUCGGCCCUUGGUGACGUCAUCAAUGCGCUGCGGAGCCGACACUCCCACGUGCCCUUCAGGAACUCCCGGCUCACCUACCUGCUGUCUGACUCACUGAGCGGGGACAGCAAGACCCUGAUGAUGGUGCAGGUGUCUCCCCUGGUCAGUAACAUGAGUGAGUCGGUGUGCUCUCUGAAGUUUGCCCAGCGGGUACGGACCAUCGAGCUGGGCAACGCCACCAGGAGACAGUUGGAGAACUCCUCCACCUCCUCCUCGCCCACCCAUGACAGCGUGGAGCUGGACUCUCCCCCGGUGACUCCCGUGCCCCUCCCCAUCUCCCGGGCCAGCAGUGCCGGCUCCACCCUCUCCGCCUCCUCCAAAACCCCAAACACACGACGGAGGUCUCAGUCCCAGCUCUCAACAGGUAAAUACAGGCUGUUAGGCAGAGCCAGUCCAUUGGUGGGAGACGGUGGGCAGGACGAUUGAAACUGUCUGUCUGAAGGCUCCAAUGGAUCCAGAAUGAACCCGGAUCCUGACCCAGUCAGCCAUUGGGCCGUCUGAACAGGAGGGUGUUAACCAGUACCUUGACCCAACAAUAGAAACUCUCUGCUUUGGGAACAACCUGUCCGCUAUCAGCCCUCUCUCCUUCUGCUGAUCUCACUCAGCCAAUGGGUGAGAGCAACUGGACUAGGCAAAUUAUCAGAUCUGACCGAUCAGAUCUGAUCAAUCAGAUUGAGAGAACGGUGACAUUUCAUUUAUUUAGCUAUUUGAACAGCAGAGGGAUGAAGAGGGGGAUAGAAACUUUGACCCCCAUGGAAGGCCGCCUCAUGCUGCAUACCAAGACUGUCCCAAUGCUCUAAAAAUGGCCUCCAGGUCUCCUUUUCUUCAUUACUACUGAUAGCUGAAAGGAAUGGACAGGUGUUAAUUUUAGCCAGGAUUGUUAUACAGCCUCCUAUAUCUUAACUACGUGUCCUCGUCUAUACCCCUCAAGGAACACAACACACCAGACUGCAAGUGACUACAGGACAGUCUGUCUUCCACACCUGACUAGGGGCCAAAGGGGAGGAGCACCUGAGAGUAACACAGGCCCCUGUCCUAAAAACAACUCUCAUAAAGAAACCCUUUACUCCUCACAGCCCAGAACAACUCCACCCCACCUUUCACUCCUUCACCUUUGACCCUUCAACCGGGCCUGUGAUCUAUUCUCCCAUUGGCCAAUGGACUUGCUCUCCCCACCCCUCACAAUAACGCCACACCCACACCCCUAGUGCUAACCAAUCCCUUCGUCCCAUCAUCCACUAACAGUAUAGACCUUCCAAUCACAGUAUUUCUGGGUAAAAAUGCACUUUAAACGAGGCUGUUACCUUCUUGAUGUGUUUUCUAACAAUGCUCCAGUUACGGAUUAUGAUAAUAUGCAUAUACAGUAUAUAUCUGUGUGUUUGAGAUGUUUUUAAUCCCUUUAGUCUCCGUUGUUUUUUUUUGUGUUUUUUACGAGGGUUCCAUCCCGGUCUCCUUCCACACUUUCUCCCCCUCAUCCAAUCAGGGUACUCCACAGAUAUAGAGCUGGGCUUCUUUUACCCAAUAGGAUGCGAGCAAUAAGAGACGUGAGUGCGGAGAGCUUUUAACUUCCUGUGUAGCCGUUUGUGUUUUAGAUUAGAUUUCUCCAGGGCAAUACAGAGCCGCCUCAGCACUGCAUGGAAACGUUCAUGUUCCUGGAUAUGUUGUCGUGUUUCUUGUACCGAGCGAAUAAAGCUAGACCGAUUCAAACUCCCUGCCAGACAGGAAAUGGCAUUCCUGUUAUUGGAUGCUGCAGGUUGAAGUUGCCCAGAAGCACAGAUCUAGGAUCAGUUUAUUCUACCCAAAUCCUAAGGUUAUCCAAUAGGGACACAAAACUGACCCUAGAUCCGCAUCCAGGACCACUUUAUCCUACUCCCUAUGACUGACCACAAGCUGCCAAUGACAACGGAUCACCUCACUGAACAGACACAUAUGUAGCUGCAGAAACUGCUGCCCCUGAGGGAGUGAUAAGCUUGUGAACUAUGUUUGAAAAUGCAUCCAGUGUAAAUAGGAAUGCUUAGUACAUUUGAUCAACUGAUCGAUCAGUACAUAUCAGCUAAUCGACAGUGUUUCUUCAAUGUUAAACCAAUGUUCCCUCCAAUACCAGGAUGUCCGAGGAAUAUCGAGGACACGCUGCAUCGUGUUGGUUGUUGAUGGGUAUCUCUGCUUGCUUUUGUCUUUGUUGUUGCCUCCGUAGGUUUCUACAGUGUUGUUUUUGUACACCCUUUUUAAUAAACACUCAAUACCAAAUGAAA